AUGGUGUACAACGGCACCCACGGGGAUACCUGCUACUACGUGAACUGCUCCCUCAACUGCACCUUUGAGAUCUUCAAUUGGCCCUGCCCGUCCACGCCGUCCACGCCGACCACGCCGUCCACGCCGACCACGCCGUCCACACCGUCCACGCCAUCCACACCGUCCACGCCGACCACGCCAUCCACACCGUCCACGCCCACCACCCGGCCAUCCACCAAACCCCCCGGGUGCCCGGACUUCGAUCCUCCCAGGAAGGAGAACGAGACGUGGUGGCUGUGUAACUGCACCAUGGCCGUCUGCAAGCACGACAACACGGUGGAGCUGGUGCAGGUGGAGUGCAAGCCGCCGCCCAUGCCCACCUGCUCCAACAACCUCACACCGGUGCGCGUCAUGGACCCCGACGGCUGCUGCUGGCACUGGGAGUGCGACUGCUACUGCUCCGGCUGGGGCGACCCCCACUACGUCACCUUCGACGGGCUCUACUACAGCUACCAGGGCAACUGCACCUACGUGCUGGUGGAGGAGGUGCGGCCCACGGUGGACAACUUCGGCGUUUACAUCGACAACUACCACUGCGACGUGCGCGACCGCGUGUCCUGCCCGCGCACGCUCAUCGUGCGCCACGAGACCCAGGAGGUGCUCAUCAAGACCGUGCACAUGGCGCCCAUGCGGGUCCAGGUGCAGGUGAACAAGCAGGCGGUGGCGCUGCCGUACCGUAAAUAUGGGCUGCAGGUGUACGAGUCGGGCAUCAACUUCGUGGUGGACAUCCCCGAGCUGGGCGCCAUCAUCUCCUACAACGGCCUGGCCUUCUCCAUCCGGCUGCCCUACCGCCUGUUCGGCAACAACACCAAGGGCCAGUGCGGCACCUGCACCAACAGCAAGGAGGAUGACUGCGUGCUGCCCAGCGGCGAGGUUGUCUCUGACUGCGAGCUGGCUGCCGACCACUGGGUGGUGAACGACCCCUCCAAGCCGCACUGCCCGCACACCAGCUCCACCACCCGGCGCCCGGCCACCACGGCCCCCGGCGGCCCCGGCCCCCACAGGAACUGCUCCUCGCCACUCUGCGAGCUCAUCAAGAGCAGCCUGUUUGCCCAGUGCCACCCCCUGGCGCCCCCCCAGCACUACUAUGAGGCCUGCGUGUUCGACACCUGCAACGUGCCCAACUCGGGCAUGGAGUGCGCCAGCCUGCAGACCUACGCGGCCCUCUGUGCCCAUGAGGGCGUCUGCGUGGACUGGCGGAACCACACUCACGGGGCCUGCUCCGUGACCUGCCCGCCUCACCGGGAGUACCGGGCCUGCGGCCCCGCCGAGGAGCCCACCUGCAAGUCCAGCGCCUCCAGCCAGCCGGCCCCCAGCGCCUCCCGCCAUCCCGAGCCCAGCAUCCCAGAGAACAACACGAUGCUGGUGGAGGGCUGUUACUGCCCAGAGGGCACCAUGAACUACGCCCCCGGCUUUGACGUCUGCGUGGAAGUGUGUGGCUGCGUGGGGCCUGACAACGUGCCCAGAGAGUUCGGGGAGCACUUUGAGUUCGACUGCAAGGACUGCGUGUGCCUGGAGGGCGGCAGCGGCAUCGUCUGCCAGCCCAAGCAGUGCCUGCAGGAGCCGCCCGCCCGCUGCACGGAGGACGGCACGUUCCUGGUCACCGAGGUCAACCCCGCCGACCCCUGCUGCAACGUCACCUUCUGCAAGUGCAACACCAGCCUGUGCAAGGCGCAGCCGCCGCAGUGCCCGCUGGGCUUCGACCUGAAGAGCGAGAUGAAGCCGGGACGGUGCUGCCCCCUCUUCUCCUGCGUGCCCAAGGGCGUCUGUGUUGUUGGGAACGCCGAGUACCAGCCCGGCUCCCCAGUGUACUCCUCCAAGUGCGAGACCUGCGUCUGCACCAACGCCACGGACAGCGCCACGCAGUUCAACAAGGUGUCCUGCAACCACGUGCCCUGCCCCAGCACCUGCAACCCCGGCUUCGGGCUGGUGACCGUCCCUGGCGAGUGCUGCAAGAAGUGCGAGCAGACGGACUGCAUCAUCAACCAGCCCGGCGGCCAGAACCUCAUCCUGAAGCCCGGGGACAUGAAGAGCGACCCAGCCAACAACUGCACCUUCUUCAGCUGCGUGAAGAUCCACAACCAGCUCAUCUCCUCCGUGUCCAACAUCACCUGCCCCGACUUCGACCCCAGCGCCUGCGUCCCGGGCUCCAUCACACUCAUGCCCAACGGCUGCUGCAAGAAAUGCAUGCCUCGCAACGAGACCAAGGUCCCCUGCUCCACCGUCUCUGAGUCCAAGGAGAUCUCGGAAGGCGGCUGCACCAAGCGGGUCCUCAUGAACUACUGCUCAGGCUCCUGCGGGACCUUCGCCAUGUACUCGGCGGAGGCGCAGGCGCUGGACCACAAGUGCUCCUGCUGCAAGGAGGAGCGCACCAGCCGGCGGACGGUGGAGCUGCUGUGCCCGGACGGCUCCUCGCGCAGCCACACCUACACCCACAUCGAGAGCUGCCUGUGCCAGGACACGCUGUGCGAGCUCCCGCCCCGCCGGGGGCCCGGCCGCGCCCGCCGCGCCGCCCUGGGCAUGCCCCCCUCCGGGCGCUGA